AAGGAUUAGAAAACCCAUCGACAUGUACACAUCUAUUUCACGAGUUGCUAAUAUUGGUGAUCUUUCCUCAAAGCUGUUGUGGUGUUCACGAUUUCAACAACAAACAUUUGCUGCUGUAAACAUUUGUUUAAAGGAAACAUAUCAAAUAGAAUAUACUACCACGAAUAAUUUACUUUCAAAGGUCUCUGUAGUCUCUCCUUUCUAGUUCGAUCUCAAUCUCAAUCUCUCGAUUUCUAUCACAUUCGCUCUCAAUAAAAAGGAAAAUUAGGGUUUUCUUGGUAGAAUCGAAGGAAAUUGUAAAACAGAUUUGGAUCUUAAGCUUCUGCGAUUAGAACUUGUAGCAUUGCCCGUUCAAAGAGGAUGUUCUGCUUAAGUUUCCCAAAAAUAUUCUUCUUCUGGUGAAUAGAUAACUGUUAGUACCUCACAGUUGGAAACUAAAUUAAAUCAGAGUGGAAGAAGGAUUAAAUACAAGAUGGUUGGGGUGGAGAGAUAUUGUGUUGUGACAGGUGGGAGGGGUUUUGCGGCCCGUCAUUUGGUGACAAUGCUCAUUGAAUCACGGGAAUGGUUGGUUAGAGUUGCCGAUUUAGGGUCCGAAAUUAAGCUUGAGCCAUAUGAGGAAGAAGGAGUUCUUGGUGAAGCUCUUCGAUCAGGCCGUGCUCAGUAUGUCUCUGCGGAUCUUCGAGACAAAGCCCAAGUGAUUAAAGCCUUGGAAGGGGCAGAGGUUGUUUUCCACAUGGCUGCUCCAGAUUCAUCGAUCAACAAUCACAAGCUGCAUUACGCAGUCAAUGUAGAAGGAACCAAGAACGUUAUUGAUGCCUGUGUUGAGUGCAAAGUGAAGAGACUCAUCCAUACUAGCUCUCCUAGUGUCGUCUUUGAUGGGGUUCAUGGUACAGAUAAUGCAGAUGAAUCAAUGCCCUACCCAUCUAAGCACAAUGAUUCCUAUUCAGCAACUAAAACUGAAGGAGAGAUGUUGGCUUUAAAGGCAAACGGUGAAAAUGGGCUCCUAACAUGCUGCAUACGCCCUAGUAGCAUUUUUGGUCCUGGUGAUAGGCUGUUGGUUCCAUCUUUAGUUACUGCUGCAAGAGCCGGAAAGUCUAAAUUCAUCAUUGGUGAUGGCAAUAACCUCUAUGAUUUCACGUAUGUUGAAAACGUGGCUCAUGCCCAUAUAUGUGCUGAGAAAGCUCUAUCCUCAGGAGGGGAAAUUGCGGAAAGAGCUGCUGGUCAGGCCUACUUUAUCACCAAUAUGGAACCAAUGAAGUUUUGGGAGUUUGUCGCAGUUAUCCUUGAUGGUCUUGGCUACGAGAGACCAAGUAUCAAGAUUCCAGCCCCUGUCAUGAAGCCGAUAGCGCAGUUGGUAGCUUUGAUGUAUAAGGUGUUAGGGCCCUACGGGAUGCCUGUUCCACAACUGACACCUUCAAGGAUUAGUCUGCUCACAUGCAACAGAACUUUCAGUUGUUCGAAAGCCAAGGACCGGAUCUUUUAUACACCCAUUGUCUCACUUCAGGAGGGCCUGAAGAGAACAAUUGACUCAUACUCACACUUAAGAGCUGAUUUAACAAAGAGAGAAGGACCAUCCAAAUCUUAUUUGUUACUCGGAAGUGGAAAGGCUGCUGACACACUUCUAUGGAGGGAUCGAAAGCAGACAAUCAGUGCACUGAUUGUCCUGAUUGCUUUCUACUAUUACUUUGUUGCAACUGAGUAUACCAUCAUUACCGCUGCUUCAAAGCUUCUUAUGGUGACAACAUUCUUCUUGUUUGUCCAUGGCUUUCUACCUUCUAAAUUAUUUGGCUAUUCAAUUGAGAAAAUCCCUUCAUCGAGUUUCCACUUUUCCGAGGAAAGGUGUCACCGGAAUGCUCUGUUUGUUGGGUCCAUUUGGAACUCAAUCGCCAAUACUUUACAAUCACUUUGCAAGGGGAAGGACUGGACCCUAUUUGUUAAGGUUUUUUCGUCUCUGUUAUUCUUGAGCUUCCUUGGAUCAAAAUCAAUUCAGUGCAUAUACUUAGUAGGAGUUCUAUUUGCUUUCACAGCUUUCUUUGUAUACGAGAAGAAGGAAGAAGAAAUUGACGGUAUAGCACACAAAGCUCUUUCCUUAGGUUGUAAAGUAAAAUCAGAUAUCUCCAAAAAAUUCUUAAGAUCCAACUGAGGAUGAUGAUCUGAUUCUAGGUACCUGAUUGAGUUUUGUGAAUGUGCAUUUGUUUCUCGUCACAUGUUUUGGGACGAAACAUUUUGGUAAGUAAUUGAAAAGCGGAGAUGUGAUAGAGUACUUGAAUCUUGUGCCAUGCCCAUGCUCCUUCAUUUCUUGUUAGUGUACAAUUGUUCUGAACCAGUUUGAAAGUCAGGGGUUCUAAUUUGUGUAUACUGAUGUGGUUGGUUUAUUUCAUCAAUGCAAUCAUUUUGUGUAACUAGUAAUGGCAUUUUACUCUUUA